AUGUCGGACAAACUUACGCGAAUUGCCAUUGUAAGCACAGACAAGUGCAAACCAAAAAAAUGCCGCCAGGAAUGCAAAAAGUCCUGCCCCGUCGUGCGCAUGGGCAAACUUUGCAUUGAAGUAGGUCCCAAGAGCAAAGUGGCCUUUAUUUCAGAGCAGCUCUGUAUUGGUUGUGGUAUCUGCGUCAAAAAGUGCCCAUUUGAGGCUAUUACUGUCAUCAAUUUACCCAAAGACCUGGAGAACAAUACGACGCAUCGCUAUGGUGCUAACACGUUCAAACUCCACCGUCUACCCAUGCCCCGUCCAGGUCAGGUACUGGGUCUGGUCGGUACAAAUGGUAUUGGCAAGUCUACGGCGCUUCGUAUCUUGGCAGGCAAGCUUAAGCCGAAUCUGGGUAAGUUUGACGCCCCACCUGAGUGGCAGGAGAUCCUCACCCACUUUCGUGGCUCGGAGCUGCAGAACUAUUUCACGCGCAUCUUGGAGGACAAUCUAAAGGCAAUUACUAAGCCACAGUAUGUGGACAAGAUCCCUAAGGCUGUCAAAGGUACAGUGCAUGCCAUUCUGUCUGCUCGUUGCGAGAAGCAGGAGAAGCUCGACCAUUUCCUGAAGGAACUGGAUUUGUCGCAUGUUCAAGACCGUGAGAUUGAAAAUCUGUCGGGUGGUGAGCUACAGCGUUUUGCCAUCGCUGUCGUGGCGGUGCAAAAGGCCGACAUCUACAUGUUUGAUGAGCCUUCGUCGUAUCUGGAUGUGCGUCAGCGUCUCAAGGCCGCUCUCGUGAUCCGCUCCAUGAUAGACGACAAUGGACGCUCGUACGUGAUCUGUGUCGAGCACGAUUUGAGUGUGCUGGACUACCUGUCCGACUUUAUCUGCGUGCUAUACGGUACACCGUCGGCCUAUGGUGUAGUUACUAUGCCCUUCGGUGUGCGUGAAGGUAUCAACAUUUUUCUCGCUGGUUUCGUGCCCACGGAAAACUUGCGUUUCCGUACAGAGGAGCUGACGUUCAAAGUCUCGCAGAACGCCGAUGAAUUUGGCACCGGCGAGGGUGAUGCCAACUCUUUCAACUACCCGGCGAUGACGAAGACGAUGUACAAGAAAAAGAAGGACACUGCUUUUAAACUGCACGUCGAAGCUGGCGAUUUUACCAACUCCGAGAUUAUCUGUAUGCUUGGUGAGAACGGUACGGGUAAGACUACAUUUAUUCGAAUGUUAGCUGGUCUACUCAAGUCGGACGAGAUGGAGGCUGCCGAAGAGUCUGGUGACGAUGAAGCAAUAUCGAACUGCGCUUUACGUUAUGACUCAUCCACGAUUAGUUACAAGCCUCAAAAGAUUGCGCCGAAGUUCCAGGGCACAGUGCGUGAGCUGCUGCACCGCCGUAUCCGUGAGGCCAUUGUGCACCCGCAGUUUGCGACGGAUGUGACGAAGCCGCUGAACCUCGACAACAUUAUUGAUCAGGCUGUACCCCAUUUGUCUGGUGGUGAGCUGCAGCGAGUGGCCAUUAUCUUGUGUCUGGGCAAGCCCGCGGAUAUUUACUUGAUCGAUGAGCCGUCUGCCUACCUGGAUUCCGAGCAGCGUAUUUUGGCUGCUAAGGUUAUCAAGCGCUUCAUUUUACACGCUAAGAAGACGGCGUUUGUCGUGGAACACGACUUUAUCAUGGCCACGUACCUGGCCGACCGCGUGGUAGUCUACGACGGCAACCCAGGUAUUGAAUGUACGGCACACGCUCCUCAGGGUCUGUUGACGGGUAUGAACACGUUUUUAAAGCAGCUUGAGAUCACGUUCCGACGGGACCCUACGAAUUACCGCCCGCGUAUCAACAAGUACGGCUCCGUUAAGGAUGUUGAGCAAAAGACUUCGGGUAACUUCUUCUUCAUGGACGACUAA